UCAAGGCAAUGCAAGGCUUGGUGAGAGGGGCUGGGCUGACGACACCUGCCCGCCUCCAUCGCAUCCACGCACGGCGGAAGACUCCCCCACCUCACAGCCACAGCGACACGCUAGCCUCGGAAAGGCGGACGCGUAAGGUCCAUUUUCGGGGUUGAGGGAUUUUCUUUUGUCCUCAAGGUCCCGGAGGAUCGACCGGAUCGAUGGCGAAUAUGGACGGACGCGUCGAACCACCGUUCCACACGACGAAUACUUAUCUUCUUCGGCAAAUGAGGUUAAACUAAUCAGCAAACAAAUGGUAGUACAACAAAUAUCCAGUGGACCGAGUUCGCCAAAGUGACAUUUCAAUAACACGCGCACACACACACACACACACACACACACACACACACACACACACACACACACACACACACACAGUCAAGUGAUGGCUGUGGAGAACUCUGUCCUGACCCCGCGUCCGGACUCGCUCUCACUGCCGGUGGACCACAAGCCAGAAGGGGAGCAGGAGGCGGUCACCGAGGCCCCGAUGACCCCUGCGGACGGCCGUGGUGUCUUCAACGUGUCCGAGGAGCUGGGUCACGUCGUCACCACCGAGGCGGUCAAGGUGAACCGGUCGUUCCAAUCAAAGAUGGCCGAGCGGGAGGCCACAGUCAAUCAGACCAGGAAGAAAACCCAAGGGCCAGAGAAGGAGAGAGGGCGAUUCGGAUGGGCUCGCACUCGCCGCAAGAGGCAACGCUACGUGGAGAAGAACGGCCGCUGCAACGUGCAGCACGGCAACAUGCGGGAGACGUAUCGCUAUCUGACAGAUAUUUUCACCACUCUGGUGGACCUCAACUGGCGCUGCUCACUUUUCGUCUUUGUCAUGGCGUACGCCGUCACGUGGCUCUUCUUCGGCGCUAUCUGGUACCUCAUCGCCUACUGCAGGGGCGAUCUGGACCACCUUGAGGACGAGACGUGGACACCGUGCGUCAACAAUGUCAAUGGCUUCAUUUCGGCCUUCCUCUUCUCCAUCGAGACGGAGACCACCAUUGGCUACGGCCACCGCGUCAUCACUGACCAGUGUCCCGUCGGCACCAUGCUGCUGCUGCUGCAGGCCAUUCUGGGAUCAAUGGUCAACGCUUUCAUGGUGGGCUGCAUGUUCGUGAAGAUCUCACAGCCCAACAAGCGGGCCGAGACGCUGGUGUUUUCUAAGAAUGCCGUCAUUUCUCUGCGGGACGACAAGCUGUGCCUGAUGUUCCGGGUGGGCGACCUGCGUAGCUCACACAUUGUGGGCGCCAACAUGCGGGCCAAGCUCAUCAAAUCCAAGCAGACGCAGGAGGGCGAGUUCAUCCCCUUGGACCAGACGGACAUAAGCGUGGGCUUCGAGACAGGCGACGACCGCCUCUUCCUGGUAUCGCCGCUGGUAAUCUCGCAUGAGAUCGACGCCCGCUCUCCUUUCUGGGACAUGUCGCAGGCGCAGCUGGAGAAGGAGGACUUUGAGAUCGUGGUUAUCCUGGAAGGAAUGGUGGAGGCAACAGGCAUGACCUGCCAAGCCCGGAGCUCCUACUUGGCUGAGGAGGUGCAAUGGGGGCACCGCUUCAGUCCCAUGAUGUCGCUGGCUGAGGGCUUCUUCGAUGUUGACUACGGUGCUUUCCAUCACACCUUUGAGGUGGACACGCCCUCCUGUUCGGCACGAGAACUCUCAUUGGCUGCCGCUAGGCUGGACGCUCACCUCUACUGGUCCAUCUCCAGCCGGCUAGACGAGGAGCCCACCCUCGUCCAGCAGGCCGCCACGGAGCCGCAGGCGGCGCCGCCCGACAGCGGCAAAGGCGAGGCGCCCACCUUCAUCGUUGGCGAGAUGACCGACAACAGCGUUCCACCGCCGGCGCUCGGCGAGCCAAACGGCAGCAUCCAGUCAGCGUGCGAGGCUUAGAUGACAGAAUGUGCACAAAGACAUUCGGACGAUUUGUUUAGAUCUCCACAAGAAGACAUUUUGUUUCUUUUUGUCUUUCUAGACAGCAUACAUGGACUUUUCUCUUUUUAAACCACCCUGGCCUUUUAUCACGGUUUCAAUGAGGCAGGAUAUUGUACAUUGGCCAGAUUUGCUCACAUUUGAUUAGCCUGUAGAUAGUUUAGGAAGUGUUUGCACAUGUUAAAAAGAAUUAUGUGCUACAAGCAACUCUGAACAUUAACACCUAUGCUCUAGCAAGGGCGCUGUUCUCUGUGUGAUGUCACACAGGCGAUGGUGGUACUUUUAUUAAUCAGGGGAAAACCAAAUAUGUAAUUAAGUGAAUUUGCUUUGCUCUGCUAGCAUUUUCCCAGGCUACUGGAGGGCGCUGUUUGUUCAAGACAUUCCUAACACAGCGGGACAUCAGAACACAUAAAGCUGUUUCUGGUGUCGUAUAUAAUGCAGGGAUAUUUUUUUUCUUUGGUCUCAGCCAUGGGCGUAUUCAGACUCUUUUAAGGGGUGCUUGGAUUGGUCAUUUUAGUGUGAUACAGUGGCCAUUAAGGGACAAAACCGUUUGUAACUACAAAUGCUGACUUUUUGUUUUAUUUUUUGAGGCACAUUCUGAUGAAAUUUGUGAUUGACCUUGGGGAGGAACUCACAGCACAAGUCACACCCUAACUUCCUGCUACCCGCUGCUGUCUAUUAACGUGGUGUUUUUACUUGAUGCUUUUAAUAACAACAGGAGUCUAUAUCAUAUACUAAUAUGUCACUUCGAAUAAAGUCUACUCCAGAGUAA